AUGCUUCCCAGCGCCUCGCAGGAGAGACCCGGCUAUAGAGCAGGAGUGGCGGCACCUGACUUGCUGGAUCCUAAAUCUGCCGCUCAGAACUCCAAACCGAGGCUCUCAUUUUCUACGAAACCCACAGUGCUUGCUUCCCGGGUGGAGAGUGACACAGCCAUUAAUGUUAUGAAAUGGAAGACGGUCUCCACGAUUUUCCUGGUGGUUGUCCUCUACCUGAUCAUCGGAGCCACCGUGUUCAAAGCACUGGAGCAGCCUCAGGAGAUUACACAGAGGACCACCAUUGUGAUCCAGAAGCAAACAUUCAUAUCCCAGCACUCCUGUGUCAAUUCCACGGAGCUGGACGAACUCAUCCAGCAAAUAGUGGCAGCAAUAAAUGCAGGGAUUAUUCCCUUAGGAAACACCUCCAAUCAAAUCAGUCACUGGGAUUUAGGAAGUUCCUUCUUCUUCGCUGGCACUGUUAUUACAACCAUAGGGUUUGGAAAUAUCUCACCACGCACAGAAGGUGGGAAGAUAUUCUGUAUCAUCUAUGCCUUACUGGGAAUUCCUCUCUUUGGCUUUCUCUUGGCUGGAGUGGGAGAUCAACUUGGAACCAUAUUUGGAAAGGGAAUUGCCAAAGUGGAAGAUACAUUUAUUAAGUGGAAUGUCAGUCAGACCAAGAUUCGCAUCAUCUCCACUAUCAUAUUUAUACUAUUUGGCUGUGUCCUCUUUGUGGCUCUGCCUGCUAUCAUAUUCAAGCACAUAGAAGGAUGGAGUGCCCUGGACGCCAUUUAUUUUGUGGUUAUCACCCUAACAACCAUUGGAUUUGGUGACUAUGUAGCAGGUGGGUCAGAUAUUGAAUAUCUAGACUUCUAUAAGCCUGUUGUAUGGUUUUGGAUCCUUGUUGGGCUCGCUUACUUCGCUGCUGUCCUGAGCAUGAUUGGAGAUUGGCUCCGUGUGAUAUCAAAAAAGACAAAGGAAGAGGUGGGAGAAUUCAGAGCACACGCUGCUGAAUGGACGGCCAAUGUCACAGCGGAAUUCAAAGAAACCAGGAGGCGGCUGAGUGUGGAGAUUUAUGACAAGUUCCAGCGGGCCACUUCCAUUAAACGGAAACUCUCUGCAGAACUGGCUGGAAACCACAACCAGGAGCUGACUCCCUGUAGGAGGACCCUGUCAGUGAACCACCUGACCAGUGACAGAGAUGUCUUGCCUCCUUUACUGAAGACAGAGAGCAUCUAUCUCAAUGGUUUGACGCCUCACUGCCCUGGGGAAGAGAUAGCUGUGAUUGAGAACAUUAAAUAGCACUCUAUGGGAUGAGCCGUAGGCAUAGCCGUAGGUGAGGACUUCUCUAUGCUCUUUGUGACUGUUGCCGUAGCAUUCUAAACGUUGUGCAUGAGCUCAAAAGGGGAAGCAAAGUAGAGACACCCAUUAUGGUCAUCUGCCACUGAGAGAAGUUGGAUUCCGGAGCCAGUGCUCUCUUUCUGAGGAGGCUUUGUGAGACACUCCACUCGAUUGACCAGUGGAAAUGGACAAGCCACGUCUGAUGCCUUUCUGUGCCCAGACUGUUUUCCUCUCCUCCCCCGUCCCCCGCCACCCAACCAUGUGCCAUCAAGGCCUCAGAAUGAAUUC